AUGGACAGGAAGAGAGCCAAGGAGAAGGUUAGGUAUGAAAUUGAUGUUGUUGGUGUGACAGUUCUAUUGCUAUUAUCUCCUAUGAAUCUAUCUCAGCUUGUAAGAGAAGAGAAGCCAAAAAGGAGGGAGGGAGGGAGGGAGGGAGGGAGGGAGGGAGGGAGGGAGGGAGGGAGAAAAUGCACUCGGGCCCAUCAUGUGAUUUUUGUUUGUAUCUUUUUUAUAUAGUUUCACAACAAUUACAUGUUUCUUAACGUCCAUGGGUUGUUAGCAGAUUUUUCCAGACCUUUUGAACUCUCUCUUCUUUUCUUUGGCCCGGCUCAGACAGCAUACUUUCCCUCGUCUCUUUCUUUUUUGGAAGGUGCUCCGGUCCAAGUGUGUGACGUGUUAGUGGAGUUACAGCCUGUGUUUCACUUGUGAUUUAAGGACUUGCGGACUAAUGGAGGAGAGGAUGUUUACUUGACCUGUCAAUGGGACUACAGGGCUGAAGUUGUAAACUAGUUGAACUGCUGGUAUUUAUUUAGGCUUGAAGCUGUGUGCUUUGUCUUCAUAGGGUGGCACAACGGACAGAGAGAACAGCGGGAGAGCGUGGUGUGAGGGUGUGUAUGUGUGUUUGGAAGAGAGAAACAGACUGACAGAAACAGAGACAGUAUGUAGUGUGUGUGUGUGUGAGAGAGAGAAGGAGAGAGUAACUGUAACCUGGAUCUAUUGCACAUGGACAGAGGGAGGUAGAUGAGCCACUAGAACACCUAGGGAGUCUACCUGACGUGGAGGGAGGACCACUGACGCCAGAGAGGACCAGAGAGGGAGAUCAACAACACUAAGCUAGGACAGGAUGAGGUAUCGAGGCAGGGUAAGAUCCUUAUCCCUUUUCAUGCUGCUCAUAACAUGUCAUAGAUGUGUGUGUGUGUGUGUGUGUGUGUGUGUGGGUGUGUUGGGACAUUUCGUCAGUCCCCACAAGCAAAAAAGUGGGGACAUUUUGUCAGUCCCCACAAGGAAAAAGGCUAUUUUAGGCUUAGGGGUUAGGUUUAGGGUUACAAUUAGGGUUAGGUUUAGAAUAAGGGUUAGGUUUAGGGUUAGGGGUUAAUGUUAGUUAGGUUUAGGGUUAGGUGUUAGGGAAAAUAUGAUUUUGAAUGGGAAUCAAUUGUUUGGUCCCCACAAGGAUAGUAAAACAAACAUUUGGACUAUAGUUCUCCCACCAUUACUAUGAGUCAUCUACAUUGCCUGGGACUGGCACUAGGCUCUCCAGGGACAUACUGUAGCUGGUGGCUGGUAUUUUUCCACACUGUCCAGUGCUAGCACAUCCAUGCUGGAGAGCCAGCUGUGGAGCUGGUGUGUGUCCACCCAUAGUAGGUAUGUCUGGGGACGGAGCAGAAGGGCACCUUAUAAGGAAGAGACUGAGGGGAAUCAGCCCAGCGGUGCUGACUUAAGGGGCCCAGAGCCAAGUCCCACUGAAGCCUCCCUGCUGCCUCUCAUUGAUGCAUCAUCCACAACUCUCUUGGCUCCAUAGGACUAUAACACCCUCAACCCUCACCUACUUGUUGUGUGUAUGUACUGACAUGUACAGUAUGUACAACUGAUAGAUGCACACACAAACUACAUGUUAAUGGUUUUAAAUGUAUGUAGAUUGUAAAAGUAUUUUGUCUGUAAUGUAGUUUUCGUUAUGUCGGACCCCAGUAAGACUAGCUGUCGCCAUUGGCGUCGGCUAAUGGGGAUCCUAAUAAAUCAAAUAAAAAUAGGACUACAACACCCACAAGCCUCUGUACUCCAUAAGACUACAACACUUACAUCCCUCACUACUACAUACUACAGUAUUGCAGCACCAACAGCCCUCACUGCUCUAUUGGACUACAACAUCCACAAUAAUCACUGUUAUUCAGGACAACUCCACUCACAACCCUCACUGCUCCAUAGAAUUACAACACACAAAAACUACAACACCAACGACUACAACACCUACAUCCUCACAGGUCCAUCAGACUUCAUUACCCACAGGGCCGAUGGAUACUGUACACAGAGGCUUGUGCUUUUCUCAUAUUAUAUAGAACAUGUGUACCUACUGCACUCAUCUCUUCUAAGGGCCACAGGACCCUGGUCACGGGGCCAUAGUAACUAGGCCUAAACUACUUGAGAGUCCACUCACAACCUUUUAAAGAGGCAGCAUUUUAGAGAAACACACAAACAGCCAAACACACAAAAGACACAUUCAGUGGAGUUUCUUGAAGACCUGACCCUAAGCCUGACUCUAAAAUACUUCAGUUGUAUCCUUUGGAAAAUCACUAUACGUGCGUUUGUGAGAGGGGAUUCCUCUGUGUGUUUUACUUGCUGCAGGAAGGCCAUCUGCGAGAACAAUACGCUGAGGUAGAGGGGGGCUAGGUAGGAGUGCAGAGUGGAAGUGUCUCCUGGCUUUCCCCUGCUCAUAGUUCUUGGCUUCACUCCACUGUUGUCCUUGUGUUGUUUCAAGGAUUUUCCACCAUUAAGUGUUCAGAGAAAACGACCAGUUAAUGACAUUAACCAACCCCUAACGACACCCUUGAGAGGACUGUGUGUUCCCAAAGCCCCUGGUCCCAUUGUUCCUCUCCCAGUGUGUGUGUGUGUGUGUGUGUGUGUGUCUUGGUGUGUGUGUGUGUUAACACCUGAUACAGUGAGUGAUCAAACAGACUAGAGGGUGAUUGGUUGUAGGAGAACGGGGCUGGAAUGCAGGAUGUAGCCUUGACAUUACUGUUCUGUACUGGUGGAUAAUAGUAGUCGUAACUGGAUAAUGCACACACCAAUUCGCGGUAGGUAUAUUUAUUUGUGUCUGUUCUCUUCGGAUAUUUUACAGAUAACAUGUCUGUGAACUUCUCUGGGUAUUAAUUCCUGUCUGUGCUCUGAUGUUUGUCAUCAGAAUACCAGGGUUUACAUGUACACACACCUCUUUAGCAGCAUGGGUCAGAACCUGACUGGCGCUAUAGCCUGUAUUUACUGUAUAUACAUCCCAAUACGCUAUCUCACAAUCACACAAUAGAGGAUCUUAGAGACACUGUUUAUAUUAGGGAUUAUUGAAAUGGCUUCAUUGUUUGAUUUGUGUUCUGCAUGUCUGAACAUCCUGUGUGUGCUUUCCUCUGGUUGAUGUGGUUGUCCGUGACAAGCCUCUUGUGGAGGUGUUUAUUUGCAGUGCUGUUGUGUUGUCAGUAUACUCCCAAUCCCAACUCGACCCUCUGCCCUACCCUCCAUGCACUUGUGUAGAUCUAAGAGGUUUGGAUUGGUAUAAGUGAUAUGGGGAAUUCCUCCUAGCCUAUCAAAGGGCAAGGUGAGGAUUUUAACAUAUUGCUUAUACCUAUCAAAUUAUUUCAGGUUUGCCUCCUGAGUGGCGCAGCGGUCUAAUGCUUGAGGCGCCACUAAAGCCUAGAGUUCGAUCCCAGCCGUCUGUGACUGGGAGACCCAAAAGGCGGUGCACAAUUGGCUAGCACCAUCCGGGUUAGGGGAGGGUUUGGCCGGCAGGGCUUUCUUUAGCUCAUCGCUCUCUAGCGACUCCUUAUUUCGGGCCGGGCGCAUAAGAAGUGGUAGAUCUGUUCUAUGCUUCCGGUGCGUAAAUUUUGUUUUUGCGUCUUUUACUUUCAGUUUUGUACACCAGCUUCAAACAGCUGAAAAUACAAUAUUUCUGGUUAUUGAAAAUAUAUUUCACAGCGGUUUAGAUGGUAAAAUGAUCCUUUACACUCUGAAUGCUUGUUUUGUCACAAACUGAAAUUAGGCAAACUAUUAGAAUUUUAGCAACCAGGAAAUGGCGGAGCGAUUUCUGCAUAUUGCACCUUUAAGACAGUGCGUUAAGAAGCAGCGUCGCUUGACAGGUCAUGUUUUGGAGGAUGCAUGGCUCGACCUUCGCCUCUCCCGAGCCCGUUGGGAAGUUGCAGUGAUGAGACAAGGUCGUAACUCCCAAUUGGAUGUCACGAAAUUGGGGAGAAAAUGUGAUAAAAAUAAUUAAAUAACAAUCUUUCAGGUCUAGUUGAAGUGCAUAGUGGUAGGUUUCAAUUUGGAUAAAAGCGUAUGCUAAAUUUCAUAUAAUAUUAUUAUUAUAUUAUUUGGGAUUGUAUGUAUCUGGGAAAGAGCGGCAGGCAUUGAAGUCUCCCCCCUUCUAUCUCUCUAUCUCUCUCUCUCUCUCUCUCUCUCUCUCUCUCUCUCUCUCUCUCUCUCUCUCUCUCUCUCUCUCUCUCUCUCUCUCUCUCUCUCUCUCUCUCUCUCUCUCUUUCUCUCUAUAGGAGGUGGGAGGUGAGAGCGGAGUUCAUCUAGUCAUGGAGAGUACUCUGACAGCGCGGGACAGGGUGGGGGUGCAGGAUUUUGUGCUGCUGGAGAACUACACCAGUGAGGCGGCCUUCAUUGAGAACCUGCGCCGACGCUUUGGAGAGAAACUCAUCUAUGUAAAGAAUCAUAUCAUAGGCUAUAUGGAAAUCUUAUCAUAAAAAUGACCCAGCAUACAGAUGUAGGAUCUCAAUUUGAUCACUAUUUUGUUGUUAUAGAAUUUUCCUGCACAGCAGGAAAUGCAAACUUGUAGUGGAUUCAAGGUUUUAAAAGGCUUCUAAAGUUUGGAUUUUCCACUACAUGUUUUUGACUUGAUUUGCCUUGUACCCUACAAAAAAUGUCCAAUAAUUAUAAUCCACAGAAUAAUUCACAUUUCCUGUUGCUGCAGGAUAAUUUUCCUGCUUUAGCAAUCUGGCUGAAAUUAAGAUCCUACAUCUGUAGCUUUAACAUAAUGUUUGGUAUUGGUUGAUUUUAUAUCAGUGUUUGUGUGGGUUUUGUAUUAGAGGGGUUGGUGACUCCAGUGUGCGGAUCUUGUCUCCCUGUAUCAGACCUACAUAGGGUCAGUGUUGGUGUCAGUGAACCCAUACAAGGACCUGGAGAUCUACUCCAAGGCACACAUGGAGCGCUACCGAGGGGUCAGCUUCUACGAGAUAUCACCCCACAUGUAAGUCACCCUCUGACCUCUGACCCCUGAUCCUUAACCUUUCUCUGACCCAGCAGGACCAGCAUGAGUGUGUGUAUAUGUGAAUCUGCUCUGGGAACAUUACAUUUACAGUAUGUAGUGUAUGUUUGGAAUCAGAUGGUGAUCCACUGUAUGUGAAUACACCAGUAUGAGCCCAAUCACUAGCUGAUAUCAUGUUUGUAUCCCAUCCUUCUGUUUCUCUAUCCUGUAGCUAUGCGGUGUCAGACAACACGUACCGGGCCAUGCGGACUGAGAGGAGGGACCAGUGUAUCCUGAUCUCUGGGGAGAGCGGAGCAGGGAAGACUGAGGCCUCCAAGAAGAUCCUCCAGUACUAUGCCACUACCUGCCCUGUCACUGACCACAUGAGCACGCUCCGGGACCGGCUGCUGCAGUCCAACCCUGUUCUGGAGGUACACACCCCACCCUCUCCCAAGAUCCCCUUCCCACCCAAGAUCCUCUUCCCAGGAUCUCUUCCUAUGAGCACCUCUAUAGGCUCUGGAGGAAGAAGAACAUUUAUAGCAGGGGUACUGAGACUGGUGUAACAUCAAUGAGAGAAGCCCACUACAAAAUCAUGUUGCUUCAAAGAAGUAACUCUAUUGGUGGAUGAGGGAAAGCAUGUUGAUCCACUGCAUAUUUUGAACCAAUCUCUGACAAAUCCAUAACAAUAGAUACGUGCUGCUGUGAACAUGCUAUUACUGUACUGUUAAUGUUUCCUCUCUCUCAGCUGUGUAUGAUCUUAUCUCUGUUGUUUCCCUCACUCACUUCCUCUCUCUCUCUCUUUUUCUGUCUCUCUCUCUACAGGCCUUUGGUAAUGCCAAAACAUUGCGAAACGACAAUUCCAGCCGCUUUGGAAAAUACAUGGAUGUCCAGUUUGACUUCAGGGUAAGCCUGUUUUCUCUUCCUUUGGCUCCUGGGUUGAGGGAUUUCCCACACAUAAGUCUACCAUCGCUGACACUCAUGCCAUCCUACUCUACAGCACACCAUUCCAUCAAAAGAUUGUGCAUAACUAAUAAAUGUGACAUUCAGGGCUUACCAUACAGCAUGCCUUACUAUGAAUCUAAAACAUGAUGCAGCUAAAGCAGCUCUAGUAGGACCACACUCAACAGUACCUUGAUGGUCCCUGUCCCUAACCUCCCCUAGGGGGCGCCGAUAGGAGGCCACAUCCUCAACUACCUACUGGAGAAGUCCCGUGUGGUGCACCAGAACCACGGAGAGAGGAACUUCCAUAUCUUCUACCAGCUGCUGGAGGGAGGAGAACAAGACCAGCUCAGCAAGCUGGGCCUGGAGAGAAACGCUCAGAAAUACCACUACCUGGUCAAGGUGUGUUUGUGUGUGUUUGUGUGUGUGUGUGUGUGUGUGUGUGUGUGUGUUGUAUGUGUGUGUAUAGUGAUUUGAACAGUGAUGUCCUGUACCUCUCAGGGUUGCUGUCCCAGGGUGAGCUCCAUCAAUGACAAGAAUGACUGGAAAACAGUGAGGAAAGCCCUGACGGUCAUCGGCUUCCAUGAGGAGGAGGUGGAGGUCAGAAACACUUGAGUGUACAUCAGAGGAGGCUGGUGGGGGGAGCUUUGGAAGGACGGGCUCAUUAUAAUGCCAGGAAUGGAAUGAUUGGAAAGAUAUCAAACACAUCAAACAUAUGGAAACCUCAUGUUUGACUCUGUUCCAAUUAUUAUAUUACAGCCAUUACAAUGAGCCCGUCCUCCUAUAGCUCCUCCCACCAGCCUCCACUGGUGUACAUACUGUAUGUCACUGCAAAUACCCACCCAAAGUUUCACUCCAAAAACAGUGAGAAGGUCAUGGUUUAAUUGUGUCUCUUCUCUCUCCCCGCUAGGAUUUGUUGAAUAUAAUCGCAAGUGUCCUCCAUCUUGGGAACACUCAGUUUGGAGAAGGGGAGGAUGGAGAAACCCAGAUCACCACUGAGCCACAGCUCAAAUACCUGUCCAAGGUUAGAACUUUGAAUAUGAACUAUACACCCUCCCCCAGACAGACACAUUCCCCAAUUCUCCAUUUUAAAGGCAGAUGUUGAUGUUGUCCUGCUUGUUCUGCAGCUGCUGGGUGUGGAUGGAGAAGCGCUGAGAGAGGCUCUCACUCAUAAGAAACUCACUGCCAAAGGGGAGGAGGUGAGUGUCUAUGGUGGGAUGUUUCACUUCAUACAGAACUAUGCCUGCAGCCUGCUAAUAUCAUUUUUAUAUAAUCUAAUUUAAUAUCCCACUUACCAACAAGUAAUACAGUAUGCCUCUGAUGUGUAUGGCAUACAUAUUUUUAUUAAUUUGAUUAAUUGUUUUGUUUAAAAGAGAGGGUACUGAUAAAGUACAGCUGAGCCCAGAAAUAACACAUGAAAGUAUUUGCAGCUCAUAUUUCCAAUGUGUGUGUACGUAUGCAUGUGUACUGCGUACUUAUGUGUGUGUGUUCUAGAUGAUAAGCCCGUUGAGUUUCGAGCAGGCUGUGGCAGCUCGUGAUGCCUUGGCCAAAGCGGUGUACGGCCGUGCCUUCACCUGGCUGGUGGCAAAGAUCAACCAGUCUCUGGCUUUCAAGGUCACACACAUCAAUCAUGAUAGCUAGCUAGCAAAACAAUUCACGUAUUUACUGUUAGUUAUUGCUCUCUCUUUGCCAGCUACCGUAAUGCUGCUUGUUACCUCCAAAACUGAGUGGAUUGUGUGCUGUCUAUCUACAGGAUGAAGUGUACAACAGCAGUAAGGGCUCGUCAUCAGUCAUAGGACUGCUGGAUAUCUACGGCUUUGAGGUCUUCCAACACAAUAGGUACCUGAAAACAUUCUAGCUGUUAACUUACUGUGUGUGUGUGUGUGUGUGUGUGUGUGUGGUGUGUGUGUGUGUGUGUGUGUGUGUGUGUGUGUGUGUGUGUGUGUGUGUGUGUUUGAUAGCCAUUUGUUUGUACAGUAUCGCUGCAUUUAAACAGUCAGCCCAAUUCUGAUAUGUUUUCCUCUAAUUGGUCUUUUGAGCAAUCACAUCAGAUCUUUUCACAUCAGAUAUUUUUCAAAGCUGAUCUGAUUAGUCAAAAUAUCAGAAUUAGGCAGCCUAAUUAACAUAUUGUAGCGCAGUUGUUUUGUGCCAUCUUUCUAAUCCUAACCAUCUCCCUGUAGUUUUGAGCAGUUCUGCAUCAACUACUGCAAUGAGAAGUUGCAGCAGCUGUUCAUCAAGCUCACCCUCAAGUCUGAGCAGGAGGAGUACGAAGCAGAGGGCAUCACUGUGAGUCUGUGUACUCAGAGAAAAAGAGGGGUGUUUUCAUUCAAAUAGACAAAACAAGAAUAGAGAUAUACUAACAAAGGCAUAUUGUCAUGUAGUGAUGAGGGUGUAGUUCAUUAAAUGCAACUGUGUAUUUCAGUGGGAGCCGGUGAAGUACUUUGACAACAAGAUCAUCUGUGACCUGGUGGAGGAGAAACACAAAGGCUUCAUCUCCAUCCUGGUGAGAAUGACUGGCAUUCACUUCCGUUUAGUCGUUUAUCUGACUCUCUUUAGCCUUUCUCCUCUCUUUGGUAUCUCUCUCCAUCUGUCCUCUCCCUGUCUCUAUUUGAAUGUUAACGUAUAAAUGUGAAAUGUGUUGUAGGAUGAGGAGUGUUUGAGACCAGGGGAGCCCAGUGAUAUCUCCUUCCUGGAGAAGCUCGAGGACACUUUGGGAGGCCAUGCCCAUUUUGUCACGUGAGUCCAAUCUUUCUCUUACACACACACAAACACUACACACAUUUCACAGUUUGUUUGUGUAUUUGCACCAUGACCCGAACAUUUAUUUGUGUGUAUAUUUGUGGCUCUGUAUCUAAGAUAUGAAUUGUCUCUAUGUCUGUCAGUCACAAAUUGGCGAAUGGGAAGACUCGCAAGGCAGUGGGCAGGGAGGAGUUCAGACUGAUUCAUUAUGCAGGAGAGGUCAACUACACUGUCAAUGGUGAGCUAGCUAAUCAAUCAGUCAAUAGUAUAACUGCCGGUUCUGUGUCAGAGGAACCAGUUCCGGUGGCAUGCAUUGAAACGCGUGGCCUUAUCGUGGCUUUCUUUUGCAAAUUACUAUGAAUUAUUCCUAAAACGUACUAAACAUCAUAUAAAGGUGUGGGACAUUUAUUGUGUGACAAGAAAUAACUAGCAGGUCUAUUUCACUUCAGCAACUAGAAUUUGUCCGUCCACAAUUCAACUGUAGGAACAUGGCGGCUCUCAAUACCAGACAACAGAAAGAGGUGGCCCCUACUAUAUGAGAGAUUGUUUGUGUGGAGAUUACCUCUGCACUCGACUUACAAUUAAAACCGGUAAAUGACUCAUUGGCAGUGCUCACUGCUGAAGUGGAUACCUAUUCAACUAAAGUGGAAAUUCUGGAGAAGACAGCCAAUGGAAACAGCGCGAGCUAAGUUGGAAUGGAUAAUCAAACUCUUAUAAGAGAAAACGGAAUCGCUCAAAUCAUUCCCGUAAAUUCAAUGUAUGGGUCACAGGACUUAAAACUGGUGUGGAAGCGGCCAACCCAACUUUCUUCAUGAGCAGUCUUUUCUAUUAAGUGUUCAGGUAGGAGAAGCUGGGUCCCAUGCCGCUGAUAAACAUUGCACACGCACGGGUCCACAGCUUUGAAGUCAAGCAGCGAAUUGUUCGCCUUGCAGUGGAAUCCAGGGGUCUGACCUAUGCAGGGAAGAGGAUCAGCAUCUACCCAGACCUGAGUGCCGAACUGCUAAAAAAGAUGGAGACCUACAACGAGGUGAGAUCCCAGCUAUGCAAGCUAAACCUGAGAUACGGCUUCAUCCACCCGGCAAAACUCAUCUUGACCUUCCAAAGCACAACACACGUUUUCCACUGCCAAGGAAGCUCAAGACUUCUUUGAGAAGCACAUCAAACCCAACACACAAGCUGACAGAUGGAACCCCAUGACUGGCUCAUUAUUCAGGUAUGCUAUCCAUGCACAAUCACGCAGCCUAGCAUAUGGCUAUGAUUCUGCCCUCAGCAUAAGACAAUGAUGAGGACAGCCCUCAUGUUUGGGUACAAGGAACAAUAUUACUAUUAUUGCUGAGCAUUAAACUUGUUAUAAUUAUAUUGCCUGUGGUCCAGGACAUUUACACAGUGAUGACACCACACCAAUUAAUGAACAUUGGAGGUAUCAUACGUACUGGGACUGCUUUCUUGUGUGGCUACAGCGCAUUGAAUCAAUUUGUUCUAAAUAUGGCAAUAUAAGUUGAUAGUUAUCGCCCUACAAUUUGUUAUUUAAUUUUGUAUUCAUUUUUUUGCUACUGGCAAGGAGAGAUGGCCAGUCCCAUAUAGGCUACUACUAAACAAUAGCUUUUAUGCUUUUACUUCCUGUUGAUUCCUGUCCCCCUCUGUUUAGACUACUGAAUGUAUAUCCCAGGUAGGACUUGACCUACAGGCAAUGAUGAAUUAUUAUAUAAGAUCUAUAGAGUUAACGUUUUGCACAUACCCUCUUGUUGUUUGUACAUAGUAUAGAGCAGUUAAUGGAGGGCAAAUGUGUGUUUAAGGUCAUUCAAGCAUAUUGCUAAUAAUAAAUGAAGAUAAUGGAUUAAGUGCUAUUGCUCCUACAGCUGUUCUAUUUUUGUUUGACUGUUUAAGCAUUACGCUUGCAUAUCUGUCAUAUCUUGUUUUCAUUUUCUUUACUUUUUCUUCAUUACCCACCCUUACUCAUCAAGUCUGCUAACUUUACUGUAAAGGUCUGAAUUGGUUACUUAUUUUAUGUUUUACUUUAUUAUUAUUAUUAUUAUUAUUAUUAUUAUUAUUAUUAUUUGUAAUACCUUAAGACCAAAAAAAUGCUGCUUAAGAGAUUUCAUGUGUAAGGCUGGCACUUGCCGUUAUGCCAUAACCCUGUGAUUAUAGUGCAUGGCGGGGGGAACCGGGGAGGGGGUAAUGGGGAGCGGUUUAUAGAGGGUCUUCUGGGUGGUGAGCGACCAAUGGGUGGGUUUCCCUGUGGGUCUCAAAAUCACCAUCCUUGGUAAAGGCGGAGACCAAGAAAGCAGAAUCACUUUCCUUAAAUGUUUCCACAAUGGAAAGAAAAUUGCCUUUAUGAAUGUGUAUGCUCCAUAUUCAUAUGAUCCUACAUUUUUUGAUUCUCUGAACAGCAUAUUGUUAGAAUUAACUGAAUUCCAACUGGUUAUUGGGACAGACAUGAAUUUCAUUUUGAACAUGCAGGACAAAUCUAAUAAGACCAACUACAAUCCACACGCAACCAAGGCUCUCCAACAUAUAAUCUCUGAUUACAACCUCAUUGAUGCCUGGGUAGCACAUAAUCCAAAAGCAAAAGAGUGCACUUUCUAUUCAAACAGGUACAAAACAUUCUCCCGAAUUGAUUUUGUACUAUUAUCUACUCCUCUAUUUUCUUUAAUCAAGAAAAUCGAAAUUCGACAUAUGAGCCUAUCUGAUUAUCAUGCUUACUACUGCCAGCUAAAAAUGACAGAAUUUCAUAAAAGAGCCACAAGACGGUGCUUUAACGUUUCCUUACUACAAAAUCCUACUUUAUGUGAACACUUUGAAACUGAAUUGAAUUAAUUUAUAAUGAUUAAGAAAAAUUCAGUCGAUGAUCCUUGGAUUUUAUGGGACGCCAUCAAAGGUUUUAUUAAAAACAAUGCAACUGCAUUUGCAUCUGGGCUGAAUAAAUCACAAUUAAAGAAUUGACUACGCUCUAUUGAUUAGACAGAGAGCAGAUUUUGCCAUCCAUCAAGAUAGACUCAACCAUGACUUCCAUUUUAAUUGUCACAGUCGUUUACUGGCAAACAACCUUUGCAGUAAUGUUCAAUUAACGCAUAUUGCAACCGUUUAAUCUGAAUUAGGUGAAUUACUAUCAGAACCCAAGUUAAACAACCAAAGAUUCUCCCGUUUCUAUAAAAAAUUGUACACCUCUGAUUGUAAAUCCACACAAAGCCAGAUUGAGUUAUUAGAACUUCUAUUCUCUCAACUGAGGAAGCUGGCUUGCUAGGAGCCAAAUCUCUCUCCAUGAACUCAAAGGGGCAUUGGAUAAAGGGGCCAUGAAUAAAGGCAAAUCACCUAGUUUGGACGGUAUUCCUCCUGAGGUCUAUUAACAUUUUUGGAAUCAAUUAGAUGAACUAUUACUCAAUGAUUAACACAGCUGUUCACAAAGGUUAAUUUGGAAAGGAUGUAAAUACAGCACUAAUUUAGCUUUUAUUAAAAAAAAGGUAAGGACGGCACCCAGUGCUCUCACUAUCGCCCUCUAUCUUUGGUAAACAUAGAUAUUAAACAAUUUUCUCAAAUUCAGUCGUCCCGUCUCGAAACCUACUUACCCAAAUUGGUAUAUCCAGACAAAAGCCGGUUUGUUAAAAAACAAGAUAACCUACAUGCUUCAUCAGAAACCAACGGUCCUUGGCAGUUCUAUCUCUCAAUGCAAAAAAAAACUUUUGAUAGACUAGAAUGGUCAUAACUUUGUUCAGUUUUGGAGCAUAUGGGACUUGGCUCCAAUUUCAUUAAUAUGAUCAAAAUACUUUAUGCCAAUUCUUCAGCCAUAGUGAUAACAGGCUAUACCUGCUCUGCUCCGCUCAGAAUAAGUAGAAGUAGCAGGUAAGGUGACCCCAUCUAACCUCUGCUAUUUUUAUUAUCUGGGGCGGGGUGGGAAACAUGGUUUCCGGGUGGGGAGGGAAUAUGCGGGCUGGUGGAUGGGGACUGGGGGGGGGAGAGGGAGCCUUUUUUGUUUAUUUUAUUGCAUACCAAACUGUUGAUACUGUUCUUUAUCUUUGUAUUCAUUUCUGAUAGUUUUUUUCUUCUUCUUCUUUGGAGUGGCAUGCAUAUUUGAUAACUGAAUAUAUCUGAGUGAAUAUGACUUUGAAUGUUAUACCUGUACCUGUAACCCCCCUUCUGAAAAAAUGACAAACAAAAUAAAAAGUUGAUCACAAAAAUAUUUGGGUUAUAACUGCAGGAAAUAAUCCACUAAUUUCAACCUCACACAUACUCUCUGUAAUGUUUUAUGUUCCUCUGCAUCACAGGGUUUCUGGACAAAAACAAUGACCUGCUCUACAGAAACCUGAAAGAGGUGAGGCUGGAGUAACAAUAGAGAAAGGAGAACACAGACCGCACUCUAACACUCACCACACAACCAUUAUAGGUUUCUCAUGAACUCUCUCAGAACUCCCUCACACUGUGUAUGUGUGUACACUACAGUAGGUAUAUACAGUACAGUAUCUGUGGGUGUGGUGUGGUGUGUUUACAUGGUUCUGUGUUGUGCUUUCUCUGUCCAGGUCAUAUGCCAGUCAGAUAACCAGAUCCUGAGUCAGUGCUUCCACAAAGAGGAAGUGACCGACCAAAAACGUCCAGAGACGGUGAGAUACACACGCACGUACACACGCACAAAGACACACACACACAGGUCACUAAACUCAACUCCAUGAUUUACAUUGGAGUUGAGCAGCGACUAGUGUGGACGGACUGGAGCUCCGACGUCACACAAAAUUACAUUUUUAUCAAAAGCUACGGAUUUCAGCACCCAAAGAAUAGCCCGCAUUUACUACGACAAAGAAUAGCCCACAUUUACACGGGACAAUGUCAUGUUUAAAUGCAGGCUAUUCUUUGGGUGCUGAAAGUUUAAUUUAGUCAGCAAACAUGCACACAGACACACACAGUUUGAUAUCUCACCUCUCUGCUGCCCUCUGCAGGCUGCCACUCAGUUUAAGAACAGCCUGGCCAAACUGAUAGAGAUCCUGAUGUCUAAGGAGCCAUCCUAUGUGCGCUGUAUCAAACCCAACGAUGCCAAGCAGUCAGGUAAUCAUACACUGUAAAGUAAAUCAGUCAAUCAAUCAGUCAAUCAGUCAAUUUAAUAUUCUCUCUAUACAGGGAGGUUUGAUGAGGCUCUGGUCAGACACCAGGUCAAAUAUCUGGGUCUGAUGGAGAACCUGAGGGUCAGGAGAGCUGGCUUCGCCUACCGCCGACGCUACGAAGCCUUCCUACAGAGGUCUGUUUGUCUGUAUACAGUGCAUUCUGAAAGUAUUUAGACCCCUUGACUUUUUCCACAUUUUGUUAUGUUACAGACUUAUUAUAAAAUGGGUACAAAAAAAGUCCUCAUCAAUCUACACACAAUACCCCAUAAGGACAAAGCAAAAACAGGUUUUUAUAAAUUUUUGCAAAUGUAAAAUAAAACCAACUGAAAUAUCAUAUUUACAUAAGUAUUCAGACCCUUUACUCAGUACUUUGUUGAAGGACCUUUGGCAGCGAUUACAGCCUCGAGUCUUCUUGGGUAUGACGCUACAAGCUUGGCACACCUGUAUUUGGGGAGUUUCUCCCAUUCUUCUCUGCAGAUCCUCUCAAGCUCUCAGGUUGGAUGGGGAACGUCGCUGCACAGCUAUUGUCAGGUCUCUCCGGCGAUGUUCGAUCAGUCCGGGCUCUGGCUGGGCCACUCAAGGACAUUCAGAGACUUGUCCUGAAGCCACUCCUGUGUUGUCUUGGCUGUGUGCUUAGGGUCGUUGUCCUGUUGGAAGGUGAACCUUCGCCCCAGUCUGAGGUCCUGAGCGCUCUGGAGCAGGUUUUCAUCAAAGAUCUCUCUGUAUUUUGCUCUGUUCAUCUUUCCCUCUAUCCUGACUAGUCUCCCUGCCACUGAAAAACAUCCCCACAGCAUGAUGCUGCCACCACCAUGCUUCACCGUAGGGUAUGGUGCCAGGUUUCCUCCAGAAGUUUUGGCAAAACUCCAAGUGGGCUGUCAUGUGCCUUUUACUGAGGAGUGGCAUCCGUCUGGCCACUCUACCAUAAAGGCCUGAUUGGUGGAGUGCUGCAGAGAUGGUUGUCCUUCUGGAAGGUUCUCCCAUCUCCACAGAGGAACUCUGGAGCUCUGUCAGAGUGACCAUCGGGUUCUUAGUCACCUCCCUGACCAAGGCCCUUCUCCCCCGAUUGCUCAGUUUGGCCGGGCGGCCAGCUCUAGGAAGAGUCUUGGUGGUUCCAAACUUCUUCCAUUUAAGGUUGAUGGAGGCCACUGUGUUCUUGGGGACCUUCAUUGCUGCAGAAAUGUUUAGGUACCCUUCCCCAGAUCUGUGCCUCGCACACAAUCCUGUCUCAGAGCUCUACGGACAAUUCAUUCAAUCUCAUGGCUUGGUUUUUGCUCUGACAUGCACUGUCAACUGUGGGACCUUAUAUAGACAGAUGUGUGCCUUUCCAAAUCAUGCCCAAUCAAUUGAAUUUACCACAGGUGGACUCCAAUCAAGUUGUAGAAACAUCUCAAAGAUGAUCAAUGGAAACAGGAUGCACCUGAGCUCUAUUUCGAGUCUAAUAGCAAAGGGUCGGAAUACUUAUGUAAAUAAGUAUUUAUUUAUUUUAUAAAUUUGCUAAAAUUUCUAAAAAACUGUUUUCGCUUUGUCAUUAUGUUGGUAUUGUGUUUUAGUAACAAAAUGUGGAAAAGGGGAAGGUGUCUGAAUACUUUCCAAAUGCACUGUAUUAUGUGACUGUUUACAUGUUUCAAUAACCACGAUUUCUAUAUUAACCACAUAUAUUUAUUUAACCACAGGUACAAGUCUCUGUGUCCCGGGACGUGGCCUAACUGGCACGGCAUACUGGCUGAUGGAGUUGCCACUCUGGUCCAACACCUGGGCUACAAACCAGAGGAAUACAAACUGGGAAAGUAUGUACACACAGGGAGGGAGGGGGAGGGAGGGAAGUAAGGGGACUUCCAUUUGCCUUAGUCAUGUUAUGAGGAGAAACAUCAGACAGUAUGUUGUUGAUGUAUAAUUCCCUAUCUCUUUGUAGGACCAAGAUCUUCAUCCGCUUCCCAAAGACUCUGUUCACCACUGAAGAUGCCUUGGAGGCCAGGAGGCCUGCCCUUGGUAAGACUAUACAGCAGGGAGGAUGAUGACAAGGCCGUUUAGUUUGGGGGAAUCCAUGUAUUAAAGAAAAUAACAUAGAUCAUGAUAAACAGCAGAGUAGUAGUAGCAGUAGAAAACAGUGAACUGCCCUUGGCAGAAGUAUGAGGAUGUAUAAUACACUAAGCAAAUGUAAUUAGGAUAUAAUUGAUAUAGUCUGUUCUGUGGUCCAACCAUUUUCUAUCCUCUGUUCCUGUGCUCUGUUCUAGCUCUCACCCUACAGACCUCAUGGAGGGGCUACAGAGAGAGGGCCAAGUAUCACCGCAUCAGACACGCAGGUGAGGGCCUGGAUCAAACAGCUCACACUCUUAUCUGCUUCUCAAUUACUGCUUCCUCAAGCAGUUACUCUGCAGCCACUUUCUUGGUAUCUGCUGAAUGAAGUAAGGCCGAGAAUAUGACUUUGUUUGUUCUUCAGAGCUCUGCACAGUUGUAGCUUGUUGGUGUGUUUCUGUGACAUUACUGAUUGUUUUCUCUCUAUAUAGUGCUAGUGAUCCAGUCUGCCUGGAGAGGGAUGAAAUCCCGCCGUAAGGCAAGGCGUCGCAGACACGCUGCUGAAAUCAUACGCAAGUUCAUCAAGGGCUUCAUCUACCGCCACUAUGAGCGCUCUCCAGAGAACGAGUACUUCCUGGACCAUCAGCGUUUCUCUUUCCUGAUGACACUGGUUAGGAACCCGCCCAAGAGUGUCCUGGACAAGAGCUGGCCCAUCCCCCCACCUAGCCUCACUGAGGUACUGCAGCCCCACAGUACACACACACACACACACUGAAGGAAAUUUAGCGUAAGCCAAGGUGUGAUGGUGCAAUGCAUCUGACUGUUGUACAUUCAAUGUGUCAAUGUUUUAUUUGUAUCUGUCCCUAUGUCUGUGUAGGCGUCGGAGCAUCUGUGCAGGCUGUGUAUGCAGAACAUGAUGCGGGCCUACUGCAGGAGGAUCCAGCCGGAGUGGAAGAAACAGGUAUGCUACUCUACUGUCUGUAUCUGUCACUCACCUGACAGGAACACAUAGAAAGGAUAUUUCUGUCCUCUUUCUAUUAUUUUUAUUCUCUCUUACACACACUCUGUCUCUCGCUCUCUCGGUCUCCCUACUCCAUUCCUUCUCCCCUUUUCUCCUUCUGUCUCUUUCUCCAACUCUACAUGUAUCUCUUCUGUCUCUUUCUCCAACUCUACAUGUAUCUCUUCUGUCUCUUUCUCCAACUCUACAUGUAUCUCUUCAGUCUCUUUCUCCAACUCUACAUGUAUCUCUUCAGUCUCUUUCUCCAACUCUACAUGUAUCUCUUCUGUCUCUUUCUCCAACUCUACAUGUAUCUCUUCAGUCUCUUUCUCCAACUCUACAUGUAUCUCUUCUGUCUCUUUCUCCAACUCUACAUGUAUCUCUUCUGUCUCUUUCUUCAACUCUACAUGUAUCUCUUCUGUCUCUUUCUCCAACUCUACAUGUAUCUCUUCUGUCUCUUUCUCCAACUCUACAUGUAUCUCUUCUGUCUCUUUCUCCAACUCUACAUGUAUCUCUUCUGUCUCUUUCUCCAACUCUACAUGUAUCUCUUCUGUCUCUUUCUUCAACUCUACAUGUAUCUCUUCUGUCUCUUUCUCCAACUCUACAUGUAUCUCUUCUGUCUCUUUCUCCAACUCUACAUGUAUCUCUUCUGUCCUCUCUCUAUAGAUGGAGCAGAAGGUGGUAGCCAGUCAGAUCUUCCAGGACCAGAAGGACAGCUAUCCCCAGAGUGUCCCUAAGCUGUUUGUUGCCUCCAGACUAGGUAGGUCACACACACUCACUGACACGCUUGGUACACACCACAGGCGGCUGGUUGCACCUUAAUUGGGGAGGACGGGCUCAUAGUAAUGGCUGCAACGGAAUAAAUGGAAUGGUAUCCAGCACAUCGUUUCCUAGUGUUUGAUACCAUUCCAUUCACUCCAUUCCAGCCAUUAUUAUGAGCCAUCCUCCCCUCAGCAGCUUCCUUCGAAACUUCACAGACCAUCACAGACUUGACAAACACACCACUGAUAGAUGCUCUUUCCUGUAUACAGACAGUGAGGAGUUCAACCUCAAAGUGAUACAGACUCUGGGCAAUGACAAAGUGAAAGUGAGUAAUAUGAUAUUGUAAUACUAUCCCCCUGUAGUGUUUGCGUCAGUUUGGACUGGAGUCUACCGUGACCCCUGUCUCACCGGUCUCACCUUUGUCACUCUGUUGUUGUUGGCUGAGUAGUUAAAUCCUGCUAAUUGGUUGUUUCUUGUGUACAGUGUCUCUAUAAAGUUAUGUAUUGCUUUGAAACAAUAUUGAUACAGAAACCUUGACAACUUUGGGUUUUUAUGACAACCCCUCACUCUCUCUCUUUCUCUCUCCAUCCCCCUCUCCUUCUGUCUGUCUGUGACAGUAUGGAGUUGCGGUGACUAAGUAUGAUAGGAGGGGUUACAAGGCGCGGCCUCGCCAGCUGCUCCUCACCUCCUCCUUCGCCAUGCUGGUGGCUGAGGCCAAGCUGAAGCAGAAGAUCGACUACGCGGCCCUGAGGAGUGAGUCUCUGCUGGGGGCCAUAGGGGAUUGAGGGGCCGGGGGUGGUGGGCCAGGGGUGAGGGCAGGCCUGGAGGAGGGGGCAGGGGGGUUGAACUUAAAUAGUUAGGCCUCAGGAGUUUUUAGUAACAUUGCUUAUAAGAUAGUGGUAGUGUGUGUGCACUGUAUAACAGGGUGCCAUUCCUCUCUUUCCAGGCAUCUCUGUGAGUUCUCUGAGUGAUGGGUUCAUGGUUCUGCACGUGCCCAGUGAGGACAACAAGCAGAAGGUAGCAGGAUGACCUCAUCCUGGUUAUUCUAUCUAGCAGUUGUCAUGGUGACUUACUGCCAUGGUGCCAUAAAGUACAAUACCUAACAUCUGACCACUUGUCUGCCCUGUAGAGUGAUGUGGUGCUCCAGUGUGAUCAUGUGAUCGAGGUGGUGACCAAGCUGGCCACCAUGGCGGACAAGAAGAACAAGGUCAACAUCAGCCAGGACAGGUGGGUCUGGCUCAUAGAAUUAGGAAUUAGAAUAGGAUCUCUAUGGUCAGGCUUCUCUGAUCAUCUGGACACUGGAUAGCUUCAUGACCUUUUUCAGAGUAUUUUUGUCAAUCCAUUCCAACUGUCAUGCUCUGUUUGUGCUAAUGACACCUUUCUAUUUUAUUCCCUCCUCUCUCUCAUCCCCUCUCACCCCCACCCCACCCCUUCCUCUCCUCCCUCUGGUCCUCUCCUCCUGUCUGUUCCUGUGUGCAGUAUUACGUUUGCGGUGGCUCGGGGGAAGGAGGGGGUCAUUGAUUUCACCAGUGGACCAGAGCUGAAGGUGGCCAAAGGCAAGAAAGGACACCUGUUGGUGGUGAGUCAGGGGAUGGGAGAGGAGGAAACAUAUUAUUAUGAGGACAGUAGGGCUGAGGAAGGGAAG